AUGAUCACGAGGAAAUUGAUUAUUCUGCUCCUCGCGCUCGCUCUUGCGUUCCUGGCCCUCGCCGAACCCAUCCUCGACGAGAGCAGAAGCGACGUCGACGUGCCAGAAGAAGAUCCUUGCGCGGGGGUUCACAAAGCCCAUGAUAUUCUGCAGGCGCUGUAUCCACACCGACAUGCGCAUUUGUCAAAGAAGCUCGGUGGAUCUGGCCAGGCGAGGAGAUUGCCUGACGAGUUGGGGUGGAGCAGCCAUGGACCGCUCUCUGCCGCACUCCGCAUCUCCUCCCGUCUAGUCGCCUCACUCAAUCCCCUCAACCUACUUGCUAAGAUCCCGCGCUCAACAUCACGGCGACAACGCAUCUCCGCCUCGACGCGCGAUCGCAUCGAACGUGUAUUUGCAGCGCUCGACGAUGCAGAAGCCAAGGGAUGUCCUCAGGCUCUGGCCUUGCGCGCCGAUGUCCUCCUAUUCCCUCCUUCUCGCGGUAUCAAGCAGGACCUGCCCGCUGCAUACGACUUGUACAAGCGCUACCUCGACCUGACGUCCGACUCACACGCGCAGUUCAUUGUCGGCUUCUUCCACGCUACUGGUGUAGGCGGCGUCAAGCGCGACCAGGGCCUCGCUACGCUGUAUUACACCUUUGCUGCGCUGCAGGGACACAAGCCAGCGCAGAUGGCCAUGGGAUAUCGCUACUGGGCUGGAAUUGGUGUCAAGGAGGACUGUGUCAUUGCGCUCGACUUUUACGAGAGGGCGGGUGAGAAGGCGUACAACACGUACGAGGCCGGGCCACCGGGCGGUGAAACCCUCCCACUCUCACCAUCGAGGAUAUCGGACCGUCUCGGCGGCGUGUUCGGCCCGCACGCGACGUGGUCGCUCACCGGAUUCAACGUCAACUACGUGACGGUCAAGGCGAUCAACGCGCUCGCGCGCGGCGAGUCUGAACCCGAGAUUCUCGAGUACUUGAAGUACAACUCUGAUCGCGGGCAGAUGCGCUACACAUACCGCCUAGGGCACCACUACUACGCCGGUUCAGUGUUCCCGCACUCUUCGAGCGGCGUGUCGUCGGGCGCCGAGGAGAUUGGCGAGAUCCCUCAGAGCUUUGAUGAGGCACGCAAAUACUUUCACUUCGUCGCACGCCAGAUGUGGCCAGCGGACUUGGAUGCCGAGGGUAAGGCGGCGCCCCGGAAAGAGAUGAAUGACGAGAGGCGCAAAGAGCUGAGCGACCCUGCUAUGGUCGCCGCCUCAUUCCUCGGCCGCAUGUACAUGCGCGGCGAGGGUGUGAAGAAGGACUUCAAGCUCGCGCGUCUAUGGUACCAACGCGCGGCCGACCUCGGCGACCGCGAAUCGCACAACGGCCUCGGCAUCAUGUACCGUGACGGCCUUGGAGUGAAAAAGGACAGGGAAAAGGCGUUCAAGUUCUUCCAGGCUGCCGCUGGGCUAGAUCUGCCUGACGCUGAGAUCAACAUCGGCAAGAUGCUGCUCGACAAGGGCGACAGCUCGCGUGCGGCCCAGUACUUUGUCCACGCGGUGCAACACGGCUCGCCGUUCGAGGCGUUCUACCACCUUGCGGCAUUGCACAGCGCGAGUGCGCAUGCGCCGGCCGACCAGCGCUCACCAGGGGCUUGCGGCGUCGCGGUCGGGUACUACAAGCUCGUGAGCGAGGUCGGGGCGUGGGACGAUGACUACAUUGGCGAGGCGAACCGCGCCUGGAGCCGCGGCGAAGAGGACAAGGCUCUGCUGGGCUGGUGGAUCGCCGCCGAGAUGGGCUUCGAGAUUGGGCAGAACAACGUCGCGUUCAUGCUCAACCGCGGGUCCACGCACUUUGGAUACCCAAUCCCGGCCGACACCGAGCUCAUGCUCUGGACGCGGAGCGCCGCGCAGGGUAACGCCGACGCCAUGGUCAUGGUUGGCGAUUCGUAUUACACGGGCGCGUACCUGGAUUCCAGCACGGACCCCAACGUCACCGAAUCGUUACCAGAUUACCCGCGCGCAUUUGGGUACUACCAGACCGCGUCGGAGAAGCACAACCCCAUGGCCUACUGGAACCUCGGGUACAUGUACGAGAACGGACUGGGUGUCCGGCGCGACUGGCACAUGGCGAAGCGCAACUAUGACAUGGCACUGAACGUCUCGCCCAAAGAUGCGUACCUGCCCUGGGUGCUGAGUCUCACCAAGCUGUACAUCCGAAGUUGGUGGACCGAUGUCGCCACGAACGGGGACGUGUCGGGUCUCUCACUUUUUGACGAUUCGCAAGAGGCGCCUGGACUGUGGGAGGGCAUCAAGAGGCUCUUCACUGGGCCGCUGCCUGCCCAGCGGCAAGAGCGCGAACGUGAACAUGAGGACGACAACGAGCACGAAGACUACUCGGGCGCCGGGUGGGAUGGGAACAACGACGAGCUCGACGACGUCGACGAUAUGGUCGAGAAUGUCGUCAUCCUCGCCGUCACGGUCAUCAUCAUGCUCCUCUUCUGGCUCCGCCAGCGGUGGGGCCAGUUCGGGUUCGGGCCCCUGCAGCAGCCUGCGCGCAUGGUCGCGUAG